AUGAAAGCUCAAUUUAAUGCUAAACAAGACACUCAAGUUAAUGCUAAACAAGAUAAAAUUUACAAAAGAAAUAGACAAAAUAUGCAAAAACAUGCAGCUGCAGAUGCUAUAGCAAAUACAAAAAAUUUUAAGCAAAUUAUUAGCAUUGAUGAACAAACAGCUUCAAUAGAUCCAAAAGAGGUUGCAAUAUACAUUUUAGAUAAUAUUCUUGCAAUUAUAAACUUCAAGUUCAAUUAUAAAGACAAACUUCUAAUGAAAUCAGAACAUAUAUCAAAAUUUAGAUACUACUGUGCACAAUUACUUGAUAGACAAAAAAAACUAAAAAAGCAUAAAGAUUUUACCAAACAUAGAGAUCAUUUGCCAAUGCAAAGGUUUUAUUAUAAAGGCUGGCUAAUGUUUACUAUAGACACAGAAAAAAACCAAAUUGAAGUUGAAUUAGUUCACAAAUAUCAUGCUGAAUAUGCUAAUCCAGUUGAGGAUGAUGAACUUGAAAAAGAAAAUAAGGUAGUAAAUAAGGAUAAACUUGAUAUACAAGAAAUUAAUGAAGAAUUUGCAAAAGCAUUACAAGAAUAUAAAGAAGGUGAGAAUGAUAUAAAUGAUAAUAUAAUUGUUGAAGAAUCUAAUGAGACAUGA